AUGGCCGCUACCGACUACAAGUUUGAGGGCUGGGUUGGCCUCGACGAGAAGUCCUCCGAGGGCAACAUGGUCUGGCAGGAGUACGAGCCCAAGCCGUGGGAGGAGAACGACGUCGACAUCCAGAUCACCCACUCCGGUGUCUGCGGCUCCGACAUCCACGUCCUGCGCUCCGGCUGGGGCCCCGCCCCUUACCCCGUCUGUGUCGGCCACGAGAUCGUCGGUGUCGCCGUCCGCGUCGGCUCCAAGGCCGUCGGCGGCAUCAAGGUCGGCGACCGCGUCGGUGUCGGCGCCCAGUCCGACUCCUGCCUCGGCCGCCAGGGUCCCUGCGAGCCCUGCGAGACCAAGAACGAGCAGUACUGCCCCAAGUCCGUCCACACCUACGGUCACUUCCACUACAACGGCGGCAAGGCCAUGGGCGGCCACUCAAAGUACCACCGCUGCCCCUCCCACUUUGUCGUCAAGAUCCCCGACGGACUCGAGUCCGCCUACGCCGCGCCGAUGCUGUGCGGUGGUGUGACCGUCUUCUCCCCGCUUAAGCAGCACGGCGCCGGCCCCGGCAAGACCGUCGCCAUCAACGGCGUCGGCGGCCUCGGCCACAUGGCCAUCAUGCUCGCCAAGGCCAUGGGCGCUGACAAGGUCGUCGGUAUCUCCCGCAAGGGCGACAAGCGCGACGAGGUCCUCAAGAUGGGCGCCGACGGCUACAUCGCCACCAGCGAGGAGCCCGACUGGGCCAAGACCUACGCCAACUCCUUUGACAUUGUCAUCUCCACCGUCUCCUCCGCCAAGGUCCCCAUGCAGGACUUCCUCAACCUUGUCAAGCUCGACGGCUCCCUCGUCCAGGUCGGUCUCCCCGACGACGGCGCCUACACAAUCUCCCCCGUCCCCAUGGUCAUGCGCCGCGUCAAGUUCACCGGCUCCCUGAUCGGAUCCCCCCACGAGAUCCGCGAGAUGUGGGAGCUCGCCGCCGAGAAGGGCGUCAAGCCCUGGAUCCAGGUCCGCCCCAUGAGCGAGGCCAACCAGGCCAUCGUCGACUUGGAGGAGGGCAAGGCCCGCUACCGCUACGUCCUCGAGAACUAA